ACGCGUGUCGAGCGGGCGGACAGGAAGCGUUUGGAGCUCGUGCAGGGAAGCUAGCAAAGAUGAGACAGGAAGUUAUAAAGUAGCAUUUUUAGAUUAAAUAAUAUUUUACCAUAAUUAAAAUCUAUGGCAACUGUGCGUACAAAACACGAUUUGAUUGAAACUAUUCUCCAAAAUUGAAUCAUUUAAUAGAUAGUGAGAAUGAAUUAGGAAUGAUUUGACAAACACUUUUGGGUUGGUUACUUUUAUUUUGAAAUGCUAACGAAAAUGGUUGCCUUGAACUAGGGCUAGCUUGAUCCUAACAAAGAGACCAGCCGACGCACGGUGGUUGCGCGUGAACGACAACGGGGGACGCUCGGACAAGAACCGGUUGGGCUGUUGUCGGAAACUCAGCAUGCUGCAAUUUAAAUGCUGAGCGUGGGUCCGAAAUAUCCGUAGUUACUUUCCGAACGACAGUAGUUGACGGCCACGCCCCGGUUCCACCGCCUACAGCUCGUACAAAAGUGCUGGCGGCGAGACGGAGAGCGGUUUGAAACCCAGCAGGGCGGCUAGCUGGUUCGCACAAGGAGGACGCAGGAGUGUCGGCUGCUUCGAGAACCAUGAGGGAGUACAAAGUAGUGGUUCUGGGUUCUGGAGGUGUCGGAAAAUCCGCACUGACUGUCCAGUUUGUGACGGGGUCUUUUAUCGAGAAAUACGACCCCACGAUAGAGGAUUUCUACAGGAAAGAGAUCGAGGUGGACUCCUCACCCUCCGUUCUGGAGAUCUUGGACACGGCGGGGACCGAGCAGUUCGCCUCCAUGCGAGACCUCUACAUCAAAAACGGGCAGGGCUUCAUCCUGGUUUACAGCCUAGUAAACCAGCAGAGCUUCCAGGACAUCAAGCCGAUGAGAGAUCAGAUCAUUCGGGUUAAGAGGUACGAGCGGGUGCCGAUGAUUCUGGUGGGAAACAAAGUGGACCUGGAAGGGGAGAGGGAGGUCUCGUCCGGAGAGGGGAAGGCUCUGGCGGACGAGUGGAACUGCCCGUUCAUGGAAACUUCAGCCAAAAAUAAAAUCUCAGUGGACGAACUGUUUGCAGAGAUCGUACGACAGAUGAACUAUGCCUCAACGCCCAAUGGCGACGACCCGUGCUGCUCGUCUUGUGUCAUCCUCUAAGGAACAAAACAAUCAAAAGUUUUAUUCUCCGCUCAGUUUUAAGUUUGCAAUGUGUGUUGCAGCGAGUCUGUACUGUUGAGCCCUUCUUCGUGUCUCGCCCUGGCCUUGGAGGAAAAUGAAGGGAGGAAUGCUGCAGGGGACAGGAGGAGGAGGGGGAAGAGAGCAACUGAGCACCAGAGAGGGUUUCACUCUUCAGGAAUUCUGCUGGGUUGGAGUAUCUUUGCUGCACGAUCAGUGUCCACCACCAUCAACAUGGAGCUUCAGAACAACCCCUCCUUAACCGGUUCCAGACUCUACCCCCGGCUGGAGCCAAACUACCCGACGCUUAGAGGAGCUCACACACGGAUAUUUCUGUAUAAGACGAAGACAGGGAAAUAGAAUUUAUUUUGUUAAAUAACUGCACAUACUGAUGUGAAGAUUAUGGGCAUCUCUAACGCCCCCUGACCCCCCCCCCCUCUUUUCCCCCAAAAGUCAGAAGAAACCACGUAUCUGACAGUGGAGUAAAUGUGACAUGUGCCACCUUUUCUCCUUCACCCCCUCUUCAGUGUGAAAGGGCCCUUACUGAAGUGGUGUGGGGACGCUGACCUGACCGCCCUUGUGUCGAGUGCCUUUCCAAAGCAAAUCAGCUCUUUGGAUUUUGUGCCAACCUAUGUUUAUCACCAAAAGAACCCUUCAACAUGGCAACCUACUUGCUAUAGAGAACUCUCCUGGAUAAUCUUGUAUCGGUGGAGGAGGCUGAAAAUGAACAAAACUGCAAUAGGCUCUUCGUUAAGUCAAACGGUGGAUUUUUAAGUAUUAUGUGUUGGCCUUUUUUGAACAAUUCACAUUCUCUAGCAUCUGUUCUGGACAAAUCUAUAUCUUGAAGCAAACAGGUACUGGAUCCACCUCGGUGUUACGACAAAACGCAACGAUUACCUUCCAGACCAGCGACAUCAAAGGAACUCUGUUGAAUUUGUUGUUUUUUUUAACAGGAUAUGUGAUGAUGUACUGUCGACAAAUCUAACCUGAUUGUAAGUUUAAUUUCAGACGAUCCAUUUAACAGUGGACUGUCUGUUUCAAAGAUGAGACUUUUAAUACAAAUUGCAUUUUUUUAAAAAAAGAAA